CUGUAUUGACCCAAUUUCAUUCGUUCAGUAUUUCAGGCGUCGGCGAGGUUACAAUUGCGGAACAUAUCCCCAAUGAUGAGUCGUCCUCUUACCUCUCUAAUUUAUGACACAUUCCUCGUGGAAAGUUAAAUCAGUAAUCGGUCUAGAAAGAAAUACCACCGAUGAUGAGAAUCUGAUUAGGAUGGUGGGAUUGAUGAAUAAUUUGAGUAAUAAGACGAAAGGGAGAAAGUUGGAUGGAGGCUUUAGGUUUGGUUGUUUGAGGAAAGAAGGAAAGCAAAACACUUUCUUGUAUUUCUUUGAUUUUAGUAGGGUUGUUCUGGUUCUUUCUUUCUUUCUUAGCAACCAAGGUUUGAUUAGUUAAAUGCUUCUAGCUUUCAUUUCAUCAGUGAAUCAGCGUGCUUUCCUGACGUGGAUACCAUUUUGGUCGUUUGUUGGUAAAAAUAACUACCAAUGAAUUAAUGUCCAACUUGAAUAAUUGUCAACCACCAUUCCACCACUAAACAAGUUCCAACUACGUGAUUCAUCAAUUGGUUAAUUGGUUAGAGUGGUUAAAAAAGAUGUUUAACCACACCAAAUCAUCUAAAUGAGGCAUCUAGUCUCAAAUCUCUCAAUUAAAAGUUCAGAUAUUAAUAAUACCCAUAAUUUGAUCAAAUAACAUGUUUGACAAUUGAUCAAGUUUUUAAUUGAUAAAUUCAUAAGAAAGACCUGCCCUUUCCUUCUUCGUGCCACAUCUUCUUUCUCGGCCAAACUGCAGUCUGAUAAAGCAUGCUACUUUUGAGCUGUUCCUUUGUUCAUUCCAUGCUCUUUCCACACCAGAGCUCUAGCAAUCCAGCAACUCACUCCCUUCUUUUACAUACUUUUGAGCUGCUCAUUGUAGCUUUCCACGUCGUCUCCAACCUUCACCCACAUUUCUAACUCCAUCUGAUGCAUUCCCCCCUCCCUGUAUAAAUAUGUACACAACUCGCUCCGAAUACUUCCACUUCCAGCUUCCAGUUUCAGCUUCCUCUCCAGCCAGAGAAUGGAGACGACGAAGAACGCUAGUACGACCGCGAGGGCAGAUCCGGAAACCGGCGACGUCGACAGGCUCAGCUCGUUGCCGGACCAUGUCCUCUCACACAUCCUCUCCUUUAUGGAAACCAAGUACGCCGUAUCCACCGCAGUUCUCAGCCGGCGGUGGGAAGAUCUCUGGACUAGGGUUUCCAGUCUCGACCUCGAAAGGGUCUUCACUCCCCAGUUACUGAUCGAGGCGAUGAGUCGAGAAACUGAUGCUUUGGAGAUUAGGGAUUUGGAAUUCUGCCGACUCGUGAACAAGGUAAUGGGCCAGCACAAGGAUCUCAAUUCCGUUAGGCGUCUUCGAUUCCGCUUCACAGAUGAUCACGGGGAGUUGUUUGAUAAAGGGUUGGUGUUUGGUCCUCCAAUGGAGGAGAUUGAUGUGAAGAUCCACGGUUGUCCAGGAAACGGAAGUAGACAACAACGUUGGCGCUGCGUUCCAGAGAAUUUCUACACUUUGAAGAAUCUGAAAGUUGCCAAGCUUUCAGGGGUUAUACUGGGUGCAAUAAACGAGUCCGUUUUUCUUCCUAGUUUGAAGAUCUUACAGCUUUGUGAGGUGGGGAUUGAGGACUUUGAGUCACUAGGCAGAUUCAUUUCUGGUUGUCCUGCUCUUGAAAAUGCUCAUCUGGAGAGUUGCAAGCCCUCGAACCAGUCCGAGAAGGCCAUGAUCGAGGUUUCGUUACCGUGCUUGAAGAGCUUGGUGAUUAAAGAUGAUGGCAAUCGGGAUGGUCCGAUGUGUCCCAUUGUUAUGGAAGCACCAAAGCUUGAGGAUCUUCAUCUUCGGGAGUUUGCAGACUUACAUUUUAAGGGCAUAACUCCAUUGCCAUGCCUUCAUACAGCAGAUGUUGAUGUAGGCAAGGAGUGUCGAACCUCGGUUCAUGACCUGAUUCGUCUCCUUGCUGGAAUCUCUAAUGCAAAGACAAUGGUGUUAUCAAGGCACACUCUGAGUCAUCUGUCAGCUGUCGAUGAUGAUGUUCAACUGCCUGUUUUCCCCAAUUUGGCACAUUUGACAAUUCAAAUCGGGGGCUGCAGUGGAAGCAGCUGGGUUCUGCACGCUUUGCUCAACUCAGCCUCCAAACUGCAAUCUCUUGUCAUUGUCUUGGGUGAUACCAUUGGACCGAUGGGAAUGAGGUGGGAGAACUUAGAAACUGCUCGCACGCCAGAGUGUUUGUUAUCGAGCCUGGAGGAGAUCGAGAUCCAGGAACUCCAGGUAUGUGGAGAAGAGAAGAAAAUGAUAGCAUAUUUGCUCAAGGCUGGAGCUGUCCUGAAGAAGGUGAAUAUUCAAGGAAGUUAUUCCGACCUGGCGGACGAUAUCGAUUUUAUGUCACUACCAAAACUUCCAAGAGGAUCGAGCGCUUGCACAAUCGAGCUUGACCUGAUACAACGGAGACGACUAGACCCCGUGGCGGAUCUACGGCAUUCAUGGGACUAUUUCUUUGAAAUUUGAGAAAAUGAUUAUUCUAACUCCUGAUAGUAGUUUGUGUGUGGGUGAAAAAAAAAUUAAGUGGUAGCGGAUACUUUAAAAAUUUUGAAAAACGAUUAUUCAACCCUCGGCAGUAGUUUGCGUAUGGGUAAAUAAAAACAUAUCAGUGGUAGCUUAUAUGAUUUGAACUUGCGCCAUUACUGCUACUAUUGGUAUUUGGUAAACAAUUUUUCAAAAUUUAAAUAUAAUUGUAAAAAACUAUUCCUUAUCGCCAAUUACUUUCAAAAGCUAACAAUUAAACUCAAUUACGAACUCCAUUUGUCUAGGGUGUAUUGAGAGAGACUAUAACGAGUUUCGAUUCAAGUCUUCCUAUGUUUUGUCUUCUUCGAAAUAUUAGAUAAACAUGAAGGAUUGGGUAGUGCCACUCCAACCAAAUUCCAUUGGGUCGGAUGUAAGAUGUAAAAUACGUGACCCACUAAAGAUCGAGUAGAGGCAGGUGUGUACAUGGGCGCUGGGCCGUACUUGGGCCGGCACGGCCUAAGCACACUUCGUGCCCAUUUAUUUCGUGUUGUGCUUGGCACGUCCAGUUAGUUUUCGUGUUGUGUUGUGCCAAUCUAUUUGUUACUUUUGCUAGGCCCGGGCCGGGCUCGAGCACAGAUUGAAUCGUGUCGUGCCUAUUCGUGCUCGUGCUGCACUCAUAAUCGUGCUUAAUGAAAGGGGGAAAAAAAAUUGGACGAUGAAUGUAAGUGUUAACAGAGGAUGUUCAAGAAAUGUAACAAAUAAGG